AUGCCUCCCGCUCCACAACCCGAUCCUGGGGUAAAUCCGGUCCUCCGCAACGCCCUCGCUAUCUCCUUGAGCGCCAAAGAAUACAGGGCCCUUCACGACCACGUCCAGUUGUAUCCCUCCAUACAGAGCAAACUGCUCACUCCAGCACGAUUCGAAGCGAUUACUCGGUCGAAAAAUAAAUACAAUGAAGCUGCCGUGCGGUCGGCGCUGCGCGUCUUCUUGGGAUCGGGAGUCGCUCUGAAGAUACUCAAAUUUAUCGCCGGUCGCAUCUCGAAGGUCCCAGUAGAAACGAAGGACCGCACUUCACUACUCCGCUCUGCGAUCUUGCGCAUAUCUACAGCGCUGUCGCUCAUGGUAUUGCUGCACCGACUCCUUCAUCGCUUCUUCGUCCGAUUACGCGCGAACCUACGCACCGAUGAAGCCGCACCUUUCCGUGAGCGCAACCCGCGGGUCUCGAAAGCACUAACAUCGCGAUGUGCGCCCGCUGUCGGAGCCAGUUUGGCGGGCCUUGCUCUGGGAAUCUGCACAAGCGACCAGCUGCGGAUGACGCUCGCAAUCUACACAGCUACACGGGGGUUGGAGGCGGUCUACAAUGUGAUGGACGAGAAAGGAUGGCUGAAGAACAAACCGCGGUGGUUUGGAAGCUGGCUGUUGAUGCCCGUGUCGCUCGCGCAGCUGUUCCACGCGUUUGUGUUUGACCGCGAGGCGAUGCCCAAGCUAUCUCCAACUUAUAUCCACGCCCGGCCAGCUACUCUGCCACUAGAAUUUGCCUGGCCUGAGAGGGAAGCGAUCGUGGACUCACUUGCGGUGAUUGCUAAGCUUCGAUGGCCUCCCAAUGUCUUGCCUACGGGACUCCAGUUCAUCUCGCCCAUAACUGGACCAGCACAUCCAUCAAUCCCCAAUUUAUCAUGUGCCCUGCUCCAUCCCAGUAGCCCAAGCUGUGCCACAGCUUUCACGCACCACCUCCUCACCUCUGUAUCCGCCUUGGGGCAGUUCUUCACAUUGGUAGCAUUCGCGCGGUCGGCGCUCGAUGUAAAAGGCUGGCUCACUCAGCCGAUCACCACGAUAAACGAACUCUCAAGACAUAUCAUCGCAAGCACCGCGGUCGUCGCAGCAGCGGUCGGAUCGGCCUGGGGAAGCUUGUGCCUGUGUAAUGCAGUGCUGCCCCGGUCAGUAUUUCCGACGCAGCGGUUCUACCUUAGCGGCGCACUUGCGGGAAUACCGUUCGCCUUCCUUGGAAAAGGAAAAAAUAGCCGCAACGUGUGCUUGUACUUUUUCCGCACUGCCGUGGACUCAGUAUGGAAGGCCGGGGUCAAGCGGGGAUUGUGGAAAGGGUGGAGAGGCGGAGAGCUUUGGCUCUUUGUCGUUGCCUGGGCCACUCUGGGCUGCGUUCUCGAGGCGCGACCGGGCGCGCUGCAGGGUCCUGGAUUUAGGAAGCUGCUGGCCUGGUCGAGGGGAGAAGGAUGGACCGAUCCGCUUGAGAAGCGGAGGCGACGGUGAUCUUAUUUCUUGUACAGAGCAAUUCCGCUUUCAUGCACUAAUGAUCUAUGUUGA